GGCUUCCUCUUUUCCUUUCUUUAAUAUCCUUUCACAGUUCCGACUCUGUUAAUCAUUCUCCGUUAAGAUUCUUUGGUGUUUCCUCUACCCACUUUCGUUCUUAUCUUCUUCUUCAUCUUCCACUUCUUCUUCCCCAACCCACAAUCACUCCUUAUAAAUCAGAUCCAGACAUGGCCGAAGAACACCGAUGCCAAGCUCCCGAGGGUCACAGACUCUGCGCCAACAACUGCGGCUUCUUCGGCAGCCCCGCCACCAUGAAUCUCUGUUCUAAAUGCUACAGAGACAUCCGACUCAAGGAAGAAGAACAAGCCAAAACCAAAUCCACCAUCGAAACUGCUCUGUCUUCGUCCUCCGCCGCAGCAACAGCAACCGUCGCCUCUGUCACCGCUGUGGUUUCCUCGCCUGCGCCGGUUGAAUCCCUCCCUCAACCGGCGGUCGUGACCGCGCCGGACGCGUGCGCACCGCUUCAGGCGAACCGAUGUGGCGCGUGUCGGAAGCGCGUGGGGUUGACCGGGUUUAAGUGCCGGUGUGGCACCACGUUCUGUGGGACCCACAGGUACCCCGAGAAACACGCCUGUGGCUUCGAUUUCAAGGCGGUUGAGAGAGGAGAUAGCUCGGGCGAAUCCGGUGAUCAAAGGGGAGAAGCUACGGAGGAUUUAAUCGGCGCCGUUGAUUGGAUGAUGUGAUUUGAUUGAGUUGAUCAGGACCGUCCGUGGUGGACUGAUGAUAGGGGAUGGCGUGUGUAAAAAAUAUAUCUAUUAUUAUGACGACAUUGGAAGGGUUGAAUAAGUCAUGUUUGGUGGCUUUGCUUUUGUGUUCAUUAAAAAUGGAAAUUGCUAGGUCCACCCACGUUCGGAA